UCACUUGCUCGUUGCAUCUCGAUGGAAAAAAUAUCGAGUAUCGACAUUUGUAAAGCCCAAUAACAACGAUCAUCCCUUAUACCUCGCACUUGCCCAUGAAUAAAUUGGGUGGGGAUAAAGAUUCGAUUAUUGAAUGACAAAAACGCCAAACUCACGGGGUAUAAAAACUCUGUGAACUCGUCUUCCAAGUCAGUCGCAAGUUUUCUUCAACUGUGCAUCUUCCAGUUUCUGAGAAGCCAAAACCUUCACAUCUAUCAAUAUGAAGACGAUCGCAGUAUUCGCCGCCCUCGUGGCCGUAGCAAUGGCAGCCCCUCAGUUCGCCCAGCAACAACAACGCGUGCAGCCCGAUGUGUACCUCCUGAAGGAAACCCCCUCGAACAACAUCGGAAUUGAUGGAUACACUUUCGGCUUCGAACAGUCCGACGGACAAAAGAGGGAAGAAUCGGCUCAGGUUGAAUUCCGUGGCCCAAAACCCGAGGAUGCCAUCAUCCGCGUCCGCGGAUCUUUCAGCUACGUUGCCCCUGACGGCAACACGUACACCGUUUCCUACAUUGCCGACGAAAAUGGCUUCCAGCCCCAGGGCGCCCACUUGCC